UUGAAUGAAGGAGACGGAAAUAUGUGUUUCUGUGAAUAACAGAUGAGUAGCUGUUCCCGCAGGCAAAACGGGAAAUCGGAGUGGAAUUGUUUCGUUUAGGGUCGGUGCACGGCCAAAGGAACAGACAAGAAAGUGCGACGAGUACGCCUGUUCUCUAAUCGUUAGUCCUCCUCCUCUUCAGCCUUCAAAAUAGAUUCUCUCAGGAGUAAAGUUGAACUGCUGAAGCUGCCGCUGGCUCUAUCCUCUAAAUCUAUCUCAGAGCGCAAAACUCAACUGGGCGGAGCAACAGAACGUUCCAGGGGCGGAGCUGGGGUCCACAAACCCCGCCCACUGGCCCCAGACAUGGACAACGAGUCCCAGUACUCGGGCUACUCCUACAAGUCCUCCCAUUCCCGUAGCUCUCGCAAGCACAGGGAUCGGAGAGACAGGCACCGCUCUAAGAGCAGGGACAGCAGAGGGGACAAAUCGGUCACUAUCCAGGCUCCUGGAGAGGCCCUGCUGGACACAGAGUCCACACGUGGAGAUGAUCGAGAUGAUAACUGGGGUGAGACGACGACGGUGGUGACGGGCACGUCCGAGCAUAGCGUUUCCAACGAGGACCUGACUCGGGCAUCCAAAGAGCUGGAGGACUCGUCUCCGCUGGAGUGCCGGCGGUUUGCGGGCCCGGUGCUGAGCGCCGUGCUGGGCCUCUUCGCCCUGCUCACGCCACUGGCCUUCCUGUUGCUGCCUCAGCUGCUGUGGCGAGAGGCGCUGGAGCCGUGCGGAACGCCCUGCGAGGGCCUCUACGUCUCGCUCGCAUUCAAGCUCCUGGUGCUGCUUCUGUCGUCGUGGGCGUUGUUCCUGCGUCCGCCGCGCCACACACUGCCGCGCUUCUUCGUCUUCCGCUGCCUGCUCAUGGCUCUGGUUUUCCUCUUUGUCGCUUCCUACUGGCUGUUCUAUGGCGUGCGAGUGCUGGAACCACGCGAGCGUGACUACAGAGGCAUUGUGGGUUAUGCAGUCUCGCUGGUGGAUGCCUUGCUGUUCAUCCAGUACCUGGCCCUGGUGCUGCUGGAGGUGAGGCAUCUCAGGCCGGCCUUCUGCCUCAAGGUGGUGCGCACGACCGACGGAGCCAGCCGAUUCUACAACGUGGGACAUCUCAGUAUCCAACGGGCUGCAGUGUGGGUGUUGGAUCAAUAUUACAGUGACUUCCCUGUUUAUAACCCAGCCCUGCUGAACCUCCCUAAGUCAAUUCUCUCUAAAAAGAUGUCUGGCUUCAAGGUCUACUCCUUGGGUGAAGAGAACAGCACCAAUAACUCGACAGGCCAGUCCAGGGCCAUGAUCGCUGCUGCUGCCCGUCGCCGUGAUAACUCACACAAUGAGUACUACUACGAGGAGGCCGAGAUGGACCGUAGGAUACGCAAACGCAAGGCCAGGCUCGUGGUGGCCGUGGAGGAGGCGUUCACACACAUCAAGCGGCUGCAGGAGGACGAAGCAUCAUCGUCGCCCAAGCACCCGCGUGAGGUGAUGGACCCGCGUGAGGCCGCUCAGGCCAUCUUUGCACCCAUGGCCCGCGCCAUGCAGAAGUACCUGCGCACCACACGCCAGCAGCCCUACCACAGCAUGGAGAGUAUAAUCACCCACCUGCAGUUCUGCAUCACGCACAACAUGACGCCAAAGGCUUUCUUGGAGCGCUACCUCACCCCUGGCCCAACCAUGCAGUAUCAGAGGGAGAACGGUAGGGGCCGCCAGUGGACCCUCGUCAGCGAGGAACCUGUGACGUCAGCUCUGCGACAGGGACUCGUUUUCUCUCUCCGCCGUCUCGAUUUUUCCCUGGUCGUCACGGUGACCACCCUCCCCUUCCUCACCCUGGGGGAGGAGUUUAUUGACCCCAAGAGCCACAAGUUUGUGAUGAGGCUCCAGUCUGAGACUUCUGUGUAGGCGCAAGUAAAGAACAAGGAAGGAAACAGAAACCCAGAUGAGGUGUGGAGGCGCAGUGCAGCAUCAGUAGUUUAGAGCAGGAUGUAAAGAGAGCGAGAGAGAGGGAGAGAACCACUUCUUUUUAAUCAUUUUUAUAUCGCUGGGCUUUUUAUUGGCCUGUUUUUUAUAUAAUUUGAAUUACUUCAGAAACUGCCUAUUCCUGAAAGAUAGGCAGCUUGUGCCUAAUUUGGACUGAAUGGUUCUUAUGCAUUUCUAGCCUAAAAGUUGACCUUCCUGUUAUUACAUGACAUUUUUCUCUGCUGCGGGCAGGCAGUACUGUGCUACGUGAAAGUUUCGGGCCAUAUUGUUCUAGUCCCGGAUGGCUCCAGCACUACACAGUUCAGUGUGUUCCCCGAUAACUCUCCUAUGGCUAAUUAUUAAGCUCUUGGUGGUUGAUGGAGGUGAAAAUGUACCUGUGCAAUCUUGUGGCCCUUUAGGACUUGCCUUUGGUAGAAUGGUUUACACAAAUCCUUUCCAUCCUCCCUCAGGAUGAUGUUUCAGGUUGGAGUCACAUGAGUAACAUGUAACGAUGGUUUUUCACCAGAUGUUGACAUGGAGGUUUCUUGGGUCAUGAAAUUGUGAUUGAUUUUUUUUUUUUUUUAAUGUUGUGACCAAUGUCGGGCCAAGCAAGCACAAAGGUCUGGUAAGAAGCACCAAUCACCUUGCUCAUUAGAAUCAGUAACCAUGAAGAUAAAAUAAUGGAAACGCAUGUGCUCAGAGUUCUUUUUUGUCUUGUGAGGGGAUUUCCUCAUGCAUCAAGGCCAUGUGAGCUGUGGACUGAUUUGUGAAACUUUUAGGAAUGUGGUAAUUUAACUAUUACUAAAAUAGGGAAUCCAACAUAUUUAGAAAUUACUUUAAUCACCAUCUUCAGUGUCGGCAUGGGAAGUGUGCUCUGAGAAGUUGAUGUGUGAACCAUAACUGAAACCAGGCUAAGAAACAUAAAUCUUAUGUAAUCAGGGUACUCAAAGGUGAACAUUAUAGUCCUAAUCCAAUAAUGAACUCAUGGUUUUAGAAAGCAGUGAAAUUCAUAUUUGAUUCAGGAAUGGAUGUUUCAUGUUGGCUUUUGAUUGCAAAUUUAAUCUACUGGAUGACGGCUACUUGUACAGAGACCUCAGUACAAGCGAAUCCUUAGCAAUGCGAACACUACUGUAAUUUAUACAUGUCUAAUGAGAGGAGGAACACAUUUUUCCACUAAAGUUAUUUACAAUUGAAGCCUUUACUGUUUUUCCUUUGACUUUCUUUUUAAAGCUGGAUACACUCCUUAUUACACCAGACCUUAUUACUGUCUGUAUAUAGGACCCAGAUUGCAAGGGCUCAAUAAAACUGUACUGUUUAUUACUGUGUUAGGCCUUGAGCUUGGGAUCUCUCACUUGAGUAGUUCACCUGCAAAAUCCUAACAGGAAGGUUAGGAAAGGUGUUUUAACAUUAUACAAGUGACAUCAUACUGAGAGGUCUGUUCCAGCUCCUAUUCGUGGUCCUUCAGUUUAACAUUUUAGGUGGUACUACUCCUGUAGACCCUGCAAUGUCGUUGUUAUUCUAAAGAAUCAAGCGGCCUUUUUAAUGUUUGUUUACAUUUUGCAAAAAAUGUGUGGCAAGUGCCCUCUGCAUGUAGCUUUUCAAAAAAAAAAAGAAAAAGGAAAAAAGAAUUUUUAUUUUUAUUUUUCCCAACAUCACUAACUUGAAGUUGUGUGGUUUCUAUACACAGUGACUCAAAUGGACCAUUUAUUAAAAUUGUGACGCUACUGGCUAGCAUUUGAAUGUGUCAUAUUUUUCACCGUAACCACAAACCAGACUUCCUGCAUGUCAUGUUUCUUUAGCCUUAGCAGAUCUGCUUUCUGAGAGCAUGAGGGGGAAGUCCCCGUCACUGCUCAGUACAGUUAUCUCAACUUUUCUGUAUAUUUUACAAUGAGUCACCAGUUACCACAGAAGCUUCAGACACUGAGCGUACAUACCCUUGCUUUUUUAUGGCAGCUUUGGGAGUCCACUGUAGGUUCUUUUUCGUCCAUAUUGUAUAUAACUGUAAUAUUUAGGUUUUUGUUUGUUUUUUGUGUUUAAAAAAACAUUUUAUUGAUGUGGAUGAGACAUGGGACUGAGGUGUUUUUAUUUUACCUUCAUGUAAAAUUUUUAAAUGAACCUCAACAUCUUUCUUCUUUAGGCCUAAUGCAUGCUUGUAGAGGAUUUUGUAAUUUUUGUAUCCUUCGCCUUGUUCUCUUAAAAUGAAACUAAAACCUUUUACCUUUUUUCUUUUCAAAAAAAGAAGAAAAAUGUGUUGUAAAGAGGUGUAGAUUUAUUAUUGUGAUGCUGCUUUUUUCUUUUUUCUUUUUUUUUUUUUUUUUUUGCAUUUGAUACUUUUAGGACUAAGACAGUUACAGCCUUUUUAAUAAAUACUUUCAACUCAGCUCAUGUGUAACCAGUAUUCUUAUGGGGAAAAUGGUAAUUUACGUAGGAUUUUGUUUCCUUGCUAGUUCAAGACCCACUGUUGCCACAGGUGGGCCCCUGAGCAAGAUCCUUAACCCUCAAUUGCUCAAGGUGUACUGAGUCAUAAUUGUAAUUAUCCAAAGCAUCAGCUAAAUGCCUGUAAUGUAAUCACAUUCACAUAAAUUUGAGCAAGAAGUUGAACAUUUGUUAACAGCUAAAAUGACCAACGAGACACAGUGGUUUAUAUACAUACAAACAUGACGUGAAAUAAGGUUCUGGU